AUGGCUGGAGACAGCUGUCUACAGCGAGGAUGUGCUGGACAGGGGAUGAUGGGACAGUUCGUAUCCGUGUGCGAGUGGGAAGGUGGACAGCCCCAGGAAGGAGACCAGCCAGCCCUGGGGGCCAGGCCAGGAUGGGUAAAGGAAGAAGGAGGCACCAGGGAAGAGAAAGUGUUUGAGCAGCUGAAGCCGAUGGAACCCAUGUGCAAGACAUUCCCGUUGGGGGGCGAGGUGGCAGCUGCCCUGCAGGAUGCCAUGAAGAGAGAGUGCUGGUGGGCAGCGUGGCUGCAGAAGCCAGUCACCUUUGAGGAUGUGGCAGUGCAUUUCUCCCAGGAAGAGUGGGAAUGUCUCGGUGCCAGUCAGAGGGUCCUUUACCAGGAUGUCAUGUCAGAAACCUUCAAGAACCUGGCGUCUGUGGGUAAGAGGCUGGGCUCCCUCCUGGACCCCUGGAACAUCCGGCUUCCCUGGGCAGCCAGAACCUUUCUGCAUAAGCCAGAUCUGAUCAGCAAGCUUGAGCAAGAAGAGGAGCAGUGGGGAGCGAGUCUCCAUCCCCCGGGCAGAGAAGGUCUCCUGUCAGGAGACGAGGAGGAGGAGCUUCACGAACAAGAGCAGAAUCUGAGAGAUGAGGGGACUGGUGACGACCAGAAGGUCACUCUUGCUUGUGGAGGGGCCUGCCGGUGCCCGUCCUCUGCUCCAGCCGGGUCUCUGGGCAGGACCCCCGUGUUCCAGGCAUCCCAGGCUGGGCCACCCCUUUUUUGCCACACCCGUGGCAAGAGUUUCAGCAGGCGCUCCUCCCUCUAUAGCCACCAGUUUGUGCACAGCCCCAAGCGGACUGACAGCUGCCGCAGGUGUGGGAGGCUGUUUCGGACCCCCAAGUCCCUCAGCUUCCACAGCCGCAUGCUCCUUGGGGAGAGGCCCUUCUCUUGCUCACUGUGUGACAAGACCUACUGUGAUGCUUCCGGGCUGAGUCGCCACCGCCGUGUGCAUCUGGGUUACCGGCCCCACUCGUGCUCCGUGUGUGGGAAGGCCUUUCGGGACCAGUCUGAGCUCAAACGCCACCAGAAGAUACACCAAAACCAAGAGCCGGUGUCUGGAACCCGGGACUGUACUGUGAGGAUCCCAGGCGCCACCGCUGGAUGCCAGAUGCCCAGCACUGGAAGCCCAGGGGCCGUCCAGGAGCUUGUGGGUGUGGGCCACACACCAGUGGCCAGGACCCAGGAGCCCACAUUUGGAACUGAGGGUCCUGUGGCCCAGCCCCAGCCCCCUGUGCUUGAGAACCAAGCCCUUGUGACCAGGACCCAGGCGCCUAACACUAAAGCCCGCUGCCUGGAUGGCGGAUCCAACUUUCAUCCAGUGAAGCCCUCAAGACUCCAGGUCUUCUCUUGCCCCCAUUGUCCCUUGACUUUUAGCAAGAAGGACGAUCUUUCCAGCCACCAGAAGACCCAUCCCACAGAGCAGCUGAACUGCUGCUUCCAUUGUGCCAAGUCCUUCAGUUCCUUCUCCAGGCUGGUCAGGCACCAGCAGACCCACUGGGAGCCGAAGAUCUACCGUUGCCCGAUCUGCGACCUGUGCUUUGGAGGGAAGGAGGGCCUCGUGGGUCACUGGAAGGGCUAUAAAGGCAAGGAACUGCGCCCGGGCAGGGCUCGUAAAUGCUGGGUCACCCUGGGCCAGUGGCUUGGCUUCUUCCAAGAUGCCUCCCUUGUGGCUGGGAAGGGUGGGAAGUGUGUGGGAAACGGGUCUCCCCCCAGAAUCCACACGCCCUGGAGCCAGGGCAAGGGAGGCAAAGCAGAGGAGGCCACGAGCCAGGCUCUGCCCAGUCAGGGCGGGGUUCUCGGAGAAAACCACCCCCAUCUGCAGAGUUGGCAUGCUGCCGUCUUCAGCCAGCACGGAGGUUCCUGGUCUUCAGCUUCUGGCAGAGGCCCUCCUGUCUGCUACUCUCCAGCACAGGCGUCCUCAGACCAAGAGAGCACCUGCCUGUCCUGA